AUGCCGCUCAUAAUAUUAACGGGCUACCCUACCUCCGGCAAAACUUACCGGGCUACUCAGCUCCGCGAAUACUUCCUCGCGAAAAUAUCCUCCCUUCCCCCCAGUAGUCCUUCUUCCUCCCUUCGCGUCCACCUCAUCUCAGAUCAUACCCUCGCCAUUCCCCGGGAAGUAUAUAAUCUCGAAUCUAAAUCCAUCAAUGAGCGAUCGAAUAAUGCGAGCGAGAAAGAUGCGCGGGCUACAAUAUACGCUGCGGUGAAGAGAGUGUUGAGUAAUAAAGAUGUGGUGAUAUUGGAUGGAGGAAACUAUAUCAAAGGCUGGAGAUACCAAUUAUUUUGCGAGGCAAAGGCUAUGCGGACAGGUUGCUGUGUUAUGCACGUAGGGGUUCCUGCUGAUAAAGCCAAGGAGGUUAAUGAGGCGCGGUUGAAACGAAAGAAUACGUCACAGUCGGAACAAUCUGCGGCAAUCGCCGAGGUUAAAGAGGAAGACAAAGCAUACGAAAAGGAUAAUUGGGAGAAUCUGGUGUUUCGAUACGAAGAACCGAAUGCGAUGGUUCGUUGGGACUCACCGUUAUUUACAGUUGUGUGGGAGGAUGAAAACGUGCCCGGAGAUGCUAUUUGGGAUGCUAUAAUCGGGGAUGAUUCUGAGGGGAAAAGAAAGAUAGUGAAGCCGAACGCAGCGACAGUUGCAAAGGUUCACAGUAGCGAGGGAUUUUUAUAUGAGUUGGAUAAAAUUACCCAGACGGUUCUCAAUCGAAUAUUGGAAUGGAGCAAAGAUCACCCAGGCGAAGGCGGCGGAGAAGUCAGUGUAGGGAAAGAUUCAAAAGGAGACGAACUAGUGGUGGAAUUACCUGGAAAUCCGGUAGGAUUACCGGCGUUGCAGCGGUUGAGGAGACAGUUCAUCAGUCUGCAGAGGACUAAUGCGGUGACUGUCGGGAGGAUUAAGGAGACUUUCGUGAGAUAUUUGAAUGAUAGUUUUGAGGCUUAG